AUGACGACAGCUCUGCUGCUCGUAGUCUGGUAUAGGGACGACAACCCUGUGUACAGUGGGCAGUGGAACCAAGUGACUCAAGACCGCCCCAGCAUGACGACAGCUCUGCUGCUCGUAGUCUGGUAUAGGGACGACAACCCUGUGUACAGUUACGACACCAGAGUCCCAGGGCCGACUGCCCACUGGACGGACGAUGCGUUCAGCGAGCGUGCCCAGUGGAUCGGCUCACCCACGUCGGCGUUACGUCUCAGAGACGUACAGUCCAGAGACCGCGCGACGUAUAGGUGCCGCGUCGACUUCCAAGUGUCGCCGACGAGGAACUACAGGAUCGCGCUCGACGUUAUUGAGCUGCCUAGCAAACCGGUGAUCUUCGAUGAAUACGGCAAGGAGAUCACAGGAAUCGCUGGUCCCUACAACGAGGGAGGAGAUUUCAAGCUUAUUUGCUCCGUAAAUGGAGGAAGUCCAGUCCCAAGAGUCCAGUGGCUUCAAGGGGACUUAGUGCUAGCAACGCUAGGUGCCAGCGACCUCCAACCCUCGGGGCCUACGAGGACAUUGACCCUCGUGGUCAGGAACGCGACGCGUGCGCACCAGUCUUCGGUAUACACGUGCGCAGCUGACAAUACGCUGCUUACGUCAGCGCUGAAGACUACUGUUAGAGUAGACUUGUAUUUGAGGCCGCUAACGGUAGAGAUCCUGUCAAGAGAGCAGCCUCUAUCAGUGGGUCGGAAGACAGAGCUGUGGUGCAGAUCCACCGGCGCCAGGCCACCAGCGACCAUCACGUGGUGGCUGGGAGGGAAGCAGCUCAAGUCUGUCAAUAAACAUCGAGAGUUAGAAGACGGCAAUGAGACCCAGUCCUUACUUCUAUGGACCCCUCUGAAGGAGCACAACGAAUUGAUCCUCACCUGCAGAGCGGAGCACACGAAGUUCAACAGAUCGAUGAUCGAGACUAAAUUGCCACUCAACAUUUACUAUGUACCUGUUGCAACAAUAAAAUUGGGGGCCAAAAUGAACCCUAAUGACAUCGAAGAAGGGGACGACGUAUAUUUCGAGUGCAGCGUUGAUGCCAACCCGCCAGCUUACAAAGUCAUUUGGGAACAUAAUGGCAUCCUGCUCCAACACAACCCGUCAGGAGGCAUCAUAUUGACGGGCAACUCUAACUUGGCACUACGCAACGUGUCCCGACACCAAGCGGGGAAGUACACAUGUACUGCUUCCAACGUGGAGGGAGAUGGGAAGUCACCCCCGCUGCAUAUGCAAGUCGUCUACAAGCCGCUGUGCAGGAAGAAAGAGAUAAAAAUGAUCGGCGCGGCAGUUCAAGAACCAUCGAGUGUCAUCUGUGAAGUCGACGCGUUCCCUCCACCUGAUACCUUCGAAUGGACACUCAACAAUUCCGCGGGCUCAACCAAAGUGGAUCCUGACCGCUUCACCGUUGAAGCGAACGAGGGUAGAUCAGUAUUGACCUACACCCCGGUAGCAGACGUGGACUACGGCACCCUAUCCUGCCGCGCCACCAACUUGGCUGGUCAGCAGACCUCGCCUUGUAUCUAUACGCUGCUGCCCGCGACCAGGCCAGAUCCGCCGACCAAUUGUACAGUGUACAAUUUGACUGACGACUCGUUGGACCUCAUGUGCUUGGCAGGCUACGAGGGAGGUCUCAACUGCGUGUACAUAGCAGAAGUAUGGGGGAACGAGGGGCUAGUCGUUAACGCCACCAAUGGGGCAGCACUAUGGAACCUCCGAAGAUUGGGAGCUAAGAGGCAGCUGAAGCUAGUGGUGUACGCAGCCAAUAAUAGAGGGAGGUCGGAACACGUGACGUUUAUUGUUGAAACUGCGCCACGACUUUCGCCGAGGACAGAAGCACAAGAAGUGUGGGAGGUGAACUGGCUGUUCGGCGUGGUAAUAGGCGUGGCGUUCAUAGUAGCACUUAUCUUGUGUCUCGCUCUCAUCGCGACGAGGAUACACCACCGAGCGAGAGAUUAUGAAGUGACGAUACCAUCCUCUAAAAACCAGAAGACCGCACCGAAAAGAAGUUCUACCCACGGCCCCGAUGACAGGAAUCCAGACCUGAUACCUCUCAGUAAAGAGUGACUCCGGUCGUAGCAUACUGAACGGUGUUGCGAGAUCUCACAGAGAAGUGGUUACAACAAGAACGCCUCUACUCGCGGCGCAUCAAGAAAGCUGCGUGUAACGUUGCCCUUAUCAUAGUCAGGUUAGUUAAGUCUUAAAUUAAGAACAAUUGGGUCGAUUGCUGAAUUUGAGCUUUAUUUUCAGAAGACAAAAGGUUGUACAUGAUUAAUUUUGUUUUAUUAUUAAUAAUCCUAACGUCUUUUGUGACUUCAAUUGUUUAACGCGAAAACAAUAUUAUAUCAUUCGAGAGCAUAUCAAUUUGAGAUGAGUGUGAGUAGUAGUCAUAUCAUCCAACGUUUUCGUGGAAAAUAAUAAAAAAUGAGACACUUUCGCAAAUGUUUUGAAGUCUUGUUUGAAGUAACAAUGAAAUGAGAGGUGAAAAUUUAAUGACUGCCACGACGUGCCAUUUUACUUUUGAUACUCAUAUUGUUUGUAUGUCAAACCAAUGUAACUCGACAUUGCAAGGAUCCCAGUUAAAUAUUUACUUUGUCAAGAACCAGUAAUGGAUGUUGGCUGAACACGUGAGUUGUAUGUCAAGUAAAUUGAAUGUUUUUCCAUCCAUUAGAAAUGAUAAUAUUAUUUAAUUUAUUUUGUUUAGGCCUAGACUAUUGCAUGUUAGAACUUUUUUAUUUCAGUAAUUAAUUUUAUACCCAAACGUAGACAAUUUUACUGAUGUUGUACUAUUUUAUGUUCUUAUUUAUUAAACUUAUUGGUUACUAUGGUUAAAUUAUAACAAAAUGGAAGUUACUAUAAAUUACUCGAAUACAUACAUUAGACAUUCCUCAUAGAAGUUUUAGGUGAAAUUUUGAGACAAUGACUGAUAAAUGAGAUUGUAAAUAUAAAAAAAAACCUAGCGAAUACUAAAUAAAUUUCGAAAUUUCGAUUAAGGAUAGGUAGGUCUCUUGAAGAGAGAUAGGGAAAUGAAAAUAUAAACGGGCUAUAAGCUAAAAUAAUUUUAAUUUAUAAAGUUUAGUAUGUAAAACUGUAUAAACUGUUUUCAAUUGUUACAAUCUUUGAUUUUUAAUUCAUCGCACAAUUUUGAAAAAUUGAUGAUGUGUACUUUUUAUGUAAUAAUGUACAAAGUAAAGUUAAUGUAAAGUUAAACACUACUAAUGUAAAGUUGAAUUAAUGGUUAAUAAUAAUGUUAUAAUUUAUUUAACGAGACUAUCAUAGUUACUUAUUUCAAAUAAUAAUAUGUUUUUGUAUAAUACCAAAGAUUAUGAGAAAUAAUGUAGACAUUAACUUACCUCUAACACGAUCGUCUCUCCAAUUAUAUUUUUUACAAACUAAUAUUAAGUAAGUGAAUCAUUUCAGCCAAAUGAAAAUUCAUUUACUUUAAUUUUGGGAUGAAAAUUUCAAUGAGACAUGAUUGUUUCGUCUAAUACCAUUGUUAUAAAAUUACGAAAGUUUUACAAUUUCAAUUAAUAGUGCAAUAACAAAUAAUUAUUAAAUCAAUAUUUUAUAAUUUAUUUUGCUUUCAAAGAUUUAAUUAUGUAUUAUUAGAAAAUUAUUAUGUAUUAUUUACAAAGGUUUGUUGAAAAGUCAGAUUCCAAUAUGUUUGACUAUAAUGUAAAUAAUGAGGGAAUUUUGUCUAAUAUUUUGUUUUUUAAUCAUGAUUCUCACAAAUGUUGAAGACGUAAAAUGCUCAUGUAUGCGUUAGACGAUUUAUUAAUUAUGCAUGAAGGAAAAAUGGGAAUGUGAUUAAAAUCCUUUUUUAUUACAUGUGAUUCAAUAAAACAUUGAAAUUUG